GACUAGCCAAACUUCAAACGUGAAAAAACUUCAUACUCGCAAGUCGCACCUAUGAAAUUAUUUUAAAGCGCUUAAAGUUGCAAAAGAUUGAAACCUUUUGGCUAUAUCUUAAAAUCGAUUAUAUAUGUGCACAGUGCACUUACCCCGGCUAUGAAUCUCCUCUAUAUGGGCCGGAUAUGGUUGCAUCUGACCCAUAAAUAUUCCGGGUCAAAUAAUAUUAUCUGAGACAGAGAAGAGAAAACACAGAAAAGUAAGAAAUUAGCUUUACAGUAAUGGGGCUCUCAGCUUCUAAGCGAGUUAGCAACUCACUCCAAAAUUCAUCCGAGUUCAACUCGGCAUGUGACUCAGUCUACAAUGAUUGUCUCUCCCUAUCUCAACACGCCUUCGCCGGAGUCAAACCCCACCAGCUUUUCUCCGCCACCGAACGCCUCCACGCUUCUCUCUAUUCCUCCGUCCCUCUCAUAACCAACUGGGUCAAAUCACCUCCGACCCGAUUACAAGUGGAUAAAGCCUUCAUAAUCGUGUCAACGCGCCGAUCCGGCGUAAAGGAAAGGGAGAAGGAGAGUGAAAUUGUGCUUGGGAACAACGAGUUUAAGGAGUUUUCAGUGGAGGUAUUUGCAGACGCUGUCGUUUCGUGUGCAGGGAAAGAGCUGUUGAAGCGAGUUCCGGUAGGUGCUUUGGGGAUUGCUGGUGUUGGUGCAGUGGUAAAGCCUGGGAAAGAAUUGAUUGCGGCAGCGAUUGGUGCUUACGCGCUCGGUGUUGCAACUUCGGUAUACGUCAGCUUGGCUUGAGCAGCGUAUGUUUUUCAUUUACAAAAGUGAAUAAAAGUUCUUUUUUUUACUUUUUAUGAUUAAAAAACUACUCUUUCAUGAAGAGUACAGUACAUAAAUAAGUUUUGUUAAUAAAUUUGUUUAUGUCGCGUAAUAAAUAUGAUGGAGGCCCAUUCAA